AUGAGAGCAUCUCUGAUCUUCAGUCCCGGUCGAGCAGCCACCUACCUUUGCGCCGCGUGCCGGAGAGAGGCGAUAGCGGCUCAAGUGGCUCAGAGGGCAGCAGUGUUGAGAAUCACCCCGACAGGACCAUUGCGAAGGACCAUCCGAACCGUCUCGUCGUCGCACACUGGCAGAGCAACCGGCCAGCACUGGGCCUCGGCAUCGCAGUGCCGCAGCGCCUCCACCAACUCGGCCUCCGCGCAGACCGGAACCGCAACCUCCGAACCACCCUCGGCAACGUCCCCCAUCCCAACCUACUACGCCCUCUUUCCCGAAACGCUACCCAACGGCCCACCGCCGCGCGGGAAAUUCCACAUCGACGUCCGCGCCCUCCGCCGCGAGUUCCUCCGCCUGCAGGCCGCCUCCCACCCCGACUUCCACCACGCCGCCGCCUCCUCUUCUUCUCCGUCAUCACGACAACAAGUCGGCAGCAGCAGCAGCAGCAACAAUAGCAAAUCGGCCGCGCGCAUCCGCGCCGAAGCCACCUCGGCGCUGAUCAACGCGGCGUACAAGACGCUAUCGUCCCCGCUGCUGCGCGCGCAGUACCUCCUGCGCGAGCAGCACGGGGUCGAUCUCGAGGGGGACGAGGCCGGGGCCCAGGCGGCGCCGGACCCGGAGCUGCUGAUGACGGUGCUCGAGGCGCGUGAGGCGAUCGAGGAGGCCGAGCGGGAGGAGGAUCUGGAGGAGGUGCGGGCGGCCAACGAGGAGCGCAUAAGGGAGAGCGAGGCGCGGCUGGGCGAGGCGCUCGAGGCCGGGGAUGUGCAGAGCGCGAAGGAGGAGGCGGUUCGGUUGAGGUAUUGGGUUAAUAUUCGUGAGGGUGUGAGGAAUUGGGAGAGGGGCAAGCCUGUUGUUUUGCAGCAUUAG